CUCCUCCUCCGUCACGCCACCCUCUCAUCACAUCUGUCUGUCGCAACCGUGACCUCGUCCUACGAUUACCGUUUGUCGCUAAACUCAGUAGCUGAAGAACAAACAGCAAUGAACAUUUCAUCGUCGAACCCAUCCAGUUACAAAUAUGAGGAUUACAGGGAGACAGCUGAUUGGUUGCUGUCUCACACUGAGCAGAGGCCUAAAAUAGCCAUCAUCUGUGGUUCCGGCCUCGGUGGUCUUGCUGACCUGCUGGACAACAAGACUGUGUUUCCCUACAAGGACAUCCCACACUUCCCCAACAGCACAGUACAAGGACAUGUCAGUCAGCUGGUAUUUGGGGAGCUGCAGGGGAAGCAGUGUGUCUGCAUGCGGGGCCGCUUCCACUUCUACGAGGGCUAUGACAUUGCCAUGGUGACGUACCCAGUCCGAGUGUUCUUCCUGCUGGGGGUGGAGACCUUGAUCAUUACCAAUGCUGCUGGGGGGCUGAACCCCAACUUUAAAGUGGGUGACAUCAUGCUGAUCAAGGAUCACAUCAACAUGCCUGGCUUUGCAGGCCACAACCCACUGUGUGGUCACAACGAUGAAAGGUUUGGAGUCCGUUUUCCCUGCAUGUCGGACGCCUAUGACAAAGACCUUUCUAGUCUGGCCAAAGAGACUGCUGAGGAGCAGGGCUGUUCCUCCUUCAUCCAGCAAGGUGUGUACUGCAUGCUGACAGGUCCCACCUUUGAGACCAUCGCAGAAUGCAGAGCUCUCCAGAAACUAGGCGCAGAUGCUGUGGGUAUGAGUACAGUCCCUGAGGUGGUGGUGGCCCGUCACUGUGGUCUCCGUGUCUUUGGCCUGUCUCUCAUCACCAACAAGGUGGUCACAGACUACAAUAGCCAGGAGAAGGCCAACCACGAUGAGGUACUGGAGACCACAGGAAUGCGUACUCAGGACCUACAGAGGAUGGUCAGUAACCUGCUCGCUAAGAUGUAGAUCAGCCCCAGUCUGUCUGUGUAA